CCCGUUUCUGAAGCGGAUGGUGACUGGCGAUGAAAAGUGGGUCACUUACGACAACGUGAAGCGCAAACGGUCGUGGUCGAAGCCCGCUGAAGCGACUCAGACGGUGGCCAAGCCCUCAUUAACGGCCAGGAAGGUUCUGCUGUGGGAUUAUCAAGGAAUAAUCACAAAAGAGGCCUGUGAAAAUUGGCUAUCCGAGUUUUUUGCCAAUAAGGAAGCGAGCUUCUACAACAGGGGUAUUAUGAAGUUGGCAUCUCGUUGGGAACAAGUCAUCGAACAAAACGGCGCAUAUUUGACUUAAAACAGAUGAUUGUAACUAAUUUUAUGAACAAAUGAAAUUUAAAAAAAAAAUACCGCAGGACUUUUUUGACAGCCUUGAUAAGCCUAAUAACUGGUCCACGGAAUAUUCCUCCAAACUACAAACUCGUGUAAAAUGCUUGAAGAAACGUCCACACAUACAGCCGAGCAUGAUUGUCAUCAUAGCUGAAGACAACACACGUGUCCAAACAUAGAUGUUGGGAAAAAUCAUAGCUGUAUACCCAGAUAAUGAAACAGUAGUUGAAGUAGCAGAUGUAAAAACUGCAUCCGGAGUGUCUCGCCGUGUAACAAGCAAAUUAUUUCAUCUUUCUAUUCUGGACAACGAGUAAUUACAAAUAAAUAAAGAGAAGGACUAGUCAAAUUUCGCCCCGGGAGAAUGUUCGCGCCACGCGCAGCGAGCGCAAAACGUGUUCUGACAUGUCAGGACGAUAUAAAUUGAAACCUCCAUUUGUCUACAAUACACAUUUUCCGAUCAUCACCCGAAGCAAUUAUUGUCUAUUCCAUUCCAUCGCAUCACCUAGUCACGCACGAGAGCGAGAUGAAUGUAGCAGCAACAUAACAACGAACAGCACCCGAUCGAGCCGACAGGACAAAAACCCCUCCAACUUUCUGACAAAUGCAAAGGGAACGCAGAACAGAUCAUCCAUCUUUGCCAGUUUUUUCCUUACCAUCAACGUGGAAGUGACUUACCAAGUGAUGCUGUGCUUAGCCAGAACCAUUCCAACCGCAGUUAGCCCGGUUUAUGCGCUAACAAUAACGGUCGUGGAAAAGUGGAUGGAGAAUUAAAGUAAAUGAAACAAAAUGUGUCCAUGUUACGUUCACGCUUAAUCAGAACACAUGCCCACAAAUCAAGUUCAAUGGAUCUGCAGUGCCUCAAUCGAAUGGAAGAAACACAUAGAAGCAAAGAAAACGCAAUUGAAAUUGCGAGCAAAUCAAAUACAUUGGCUAAUCGGGAGGAAGUUACUAGAGUUCAAACUACUUCUAUACAAAUCCAUGCUGAAGCCUAUUAGGCAUUAUGGCUGUCAACUUUGGCGAACAGCUUCAGCAAGUAAUAUCGAAAUCAUCGAAAGAGUACAAAAUAAACUGCUAAGACAAAUUACUGGCGCCCCUUGGUACAUCCGCAAUAGUGUCAUACAUCGAGACUUAGGAAUGGCGACGGUUAAAGAAGAACUUCAUAAAACGAGAAGGAAAUAUGCGGAAAAAGUGAAGAAUCAUCCAAACCCACUAGCAAGGCGACUCGGUCAACCUAUGGUAAUACGUCUGAAGAAAAACCUUAAUUAUUUGAACGUGGUCAAACGUUAGUGUUGUGCUCCAGCACACAUUUGAAAUUUUAACUGUAAGAA